CAGCAGCAGCAGCAGCAGCCGAUGAUGAUGACGGCGGUGAAGGCGGCGACGGCGGCGACGGCGGGGGGUUCGAUGCUGGUGCUGUCGGGGCUGACGCUGGCGGGGACGGUGAUCGCGCUGACGGUGGCGACGCCGCUGCUGGUGAUAUUCAGCCCCGUGCUGGUGCCGGCGACGAUCGCAGUGUCGCUGCUGGCGGCGGGGUUCGUGACGUCGGGGGGGCUGGGCUUGGCGGCGCUGUCGGUGCUGUCGUGGAUGUACAAGUACCUGACCGGGAAACACCCCCCGGGGGCCGACCAGCUCGAACACGCCAAGGCCAGGCUCGCCUCCAAGGCCCGCGACAUCAAGGAAUCGGCGCAGCACCGGAUCGACCAAGCCCAGGGAUCUUAAUCGGAUUGAGCAACACAGAAUCGUCAAUAACCACCCAAAUUAAGAAA